CCACCGUCCAAUCGAAGUGGACAAGGCAGAGACGCGGUUGCCUGUCAGUUUCUUCACCGCUCUUAGCUCCGGAGCGCCCGGUGAUGCUGUGCUGAGGAUCCAGGUGUGAUUCUUGAAGGUUACAUGAACGUCUAUCAUUGCAGGAGAAGCAGCCGGUCCUGCUAAUGACCCUCCCCCAGCUGUGAGCAUUACCCCGGGAGGUUCUGAGCAUCAGAGCAUUAUGCUGCUCCUCACUCUGCUUCUCCUGUCCUUGACUUUCUCUCCCGCAGGUACAUCUGUUUCCAGAGGAGAACCUGGAUUCUGUACAGAUUGGGCCACGGGUUACGGGCCAGUGUUUGAGGACCAGCCAGUGGACACCAUCUACCCCGAGGAGUCUCCUGAGGCCAAAAUCACCAUGAGCUGUCGAGCCCGAGCACACCCACCAGCAACGUACAGGUGGAGACUGAACAGCACGGACAUCGACCUGGAUGGGGACAACCACUUCACCCUGGUGGGGGGCAACCUGGUCAUCUCCGACCCCAUCAAAAACAAACAUGUAGGGAGGUACGCCUGCGUGGCCAGCAAUGACUACGGAGCUCUGGUCAGCAGGGAGGCCACCGUCCAGUUUGGAUACCUGGAUUUCUUCUCCUCUGAAGAGAGAGAGGCGGUAUACGUGAAGGAGGGUCAGGGAGCAGUGCUGCUCUGCGCUCCUCCACCACACUAUCCAGAUGAGCUGUCAUUCCGCUGGAUUCUUAAUGAGUUCCCUAUCUUCAUCCCGCUGGAUAAGCGGCGCUUCGUUUCCCAGACUACAGGCAACCUCUACAUCUCUAAGGUGGACUCGUCUGACAGCGGCAACUACUCCUGCUUUGUUUCCAGCCCCUCCAUCGCCAAAAGUGUCUUCAGCAAGUUCAUCCCCCUCGUCCCCCUGGCUGAACGACCAAUCAGGAAGUACCCCGCUGACAUCAAAGUCAAGUUCCCAGACACCUCUGCACUGGUGGGCCAGAACAUCACCCUGGAAUGCUUCGCCCUGGGAAACCCCAUCCCUCAGAUUCGCUGGAGGAAGAUGGACGGGGAGCUGCCGUCCAAUCAUGAGGUCAGCAUGGCUGGGGCCCACCUUCACCUCUACAACGUGCAGUAUGAGGACGAGGGGACGUAUGAGUGCGAGGCCCUCAAUUCCAAAGGGAAGGACAGGCACAGGGCUCGCGUCUCUGUGGAAGCUUUCCCAGAGUGGACUGAGUCUAUCAGCAGUACAGAGAGGGACAUCAGCAGUGACUACACCAUGUCGUGUGUGGCCAGUGGUAAACCCAAGCCCCACAUCCGCUGGCUCAAGGACAGCUACCAGUACGAAAAGCACAACUUGACGUUCAGUGGUCUUACGUUUGAAGACUCUGGAAUGUACCAGUGUAUAGCGGAGAAUCGCCAUGGGGUCAUCUAUGCCAACGCAGAGCUGCGUGUUAUCGCUUGUCCCCCUACAUUUGAACACAACCCUGUGAGGAGGAACCUGGCUGCUAAGAAUGGCCGGGUGGUCAUAGAGUGUAGACCCAAAGCUGCUCCCAAACCCUCCCUCUCUUGGAGCAAGGGCACUGAACUUCUCUUCAACUCUACAAGGGUGUUCAUCUGGGAAGACGGCAGCCUGGAGAUCCUGAAUGUGACGAGGGCAGAUGAGGGACAAUACACCUGCUUCGCUGAGAACGACCGGGGCAAAGCCAACAGUACCGGCUAUCUCUCCAUCACAGAGGCCACUAAGAUCACCUUGGCUCCGUCCAACACUGACGUGAAGGUUGGGGAGAGCACCAGCAUGCAGUGCGCUGCAUCACAUGACUCCACACUGGACAUCACGUUCGUCUGGACCCUGGAUGGCCGCGCCAUUGACUUUGACCGGGAGGGAUCCCACUUCGAACGCAACCCGAGUGGAGGAUCCAGUGGAGAACUGCUCAUCAAGAACGCCCACCUGAACCACGCUGGACGUUACACCUGCACUGCCCAGACACCUGUGGACAACGUCACCGCAGCCGCCGACCUGGUUGUCAGAGGUCCCCCAGGUCCUUCAGGAGGGGUACGGGUGGAUGACAUUAAGGAGAAGAGUGUACGUCUUACCUGGAGCAGGGGGACCGACAACCACAGCCCGAUCUCAAGAUACACUGUCCAGUUCAGAGACUUUUUCUCCCAGGAGGACUGGAGGGACGCCACGACAUCCCCGGCAGAUGUGGAAGGCAAUGCUGAGACGGCCACUGUGCUGGACCUGUUUCCCUGGACUGAAUAUGAGUUCAGGGUGAUUGCCACCAACACUCUGGGUACAGGGGAACCCAGCAGCCCUUCUCCCAAAGUCACCACCUUGGAAGCAGUUCCCGUGGUGGCGCCUUCGGACAUUGGCGGCGGUGGGGGCACCAGCAGGGAGCUGACCAUCAAGUGGACGCCUGUUCAGCCACAGUACUACUACGGCCGUAACUUUGGCUACAUAAUCGCCUUCAAGCCCAAAAAUGACCUUGAGUGGAUGAAGGUGACUGUGGCCGACCCCCAGGCCAGACACUACGUACACAAGGACCCAUCCAUCCCCCCCUCCACAGAGUUCCUGGUGAAAGUCAAGGCCUUCAACAUCAAGGGAGAGGGACCCUACAGUCUUACGGCUGUCAUCUACUCGGCGCAGGAUGGUAACCACAGAUUGCCAUCUGAAGUCCCCGUCAGCGUGGAGGCGAAGGCACUGUCAGCCUCUGAGGCCAUAGUGUGGUGGCUUCCUGUCACCCAGCAUGCUGUUGAUGGGUACCAGAUUCGGUUCUGGAGGAAUGCAGAGGACAGCGAGGCGUCAAGUCAGAAGGUGGUGGUGUCCAGUAGAGAGAACCAGACCAAACUGGAGAACAUGAAGCCGGGCUCCCAGUACCUCAUAGAGGUCAGGGCCUUCAACGCUGCCGGGUUUGGGCCCCCCAGCCAACACGUCCAGAUCCACACCAAGAAAGCCCCUCCCAGCCGACCUCCUAAAAUCAUCGGUAAAAAGCUGAAAGGCACAUCAGUGAAUAUUGCCUGGGAACAUGUGGAACCUUUGGCCAACGAGUCAACAAUAGAUGGCUACAAGGUCCUGUACAGGCAAGCCGGCUACUCCACCGGGGUCCUGUACACCACUGACAAGCGGUUCAUAGACCUCCCUAUUCACAAGAAAGGGGACUACGUGGUGGAGGUCAGGGCUCACAGCAAGGGUGGAGACGGGGCCGUGGCCCAAAUACGCAUCUCAGGUGGAGCCGUGGAGGUUGCCCAGUCGCUCAGUCUGGCCUCCCUGCUCCUGCUGAGUCUGUCCUGCCUGGCCCUCUGAAUGUAACGCCGCCUGUCUGCACUGCCCACUCCAGUGGAACAAACUGUCAGGUUGACGCCAGUCUUUGACUCAACUUUUGCUUCCACAAUCUUUGGUUUCCAAAGGCCCGUAUUUCCUUGUACGCGAAAUGGGGCUUUGUUUGUGGGGAAAAAAGACACACAGUGAAAUUCAGACAAAGGACUAAGAAGACACCUGGGAUCUCUCUUGUUUAUUAUCUACAAUAUAUUUUAAAGGUGCGUCAAAGGGAGGUCUUUCAAAUGUUUCAACAUGCCUUACGUGUAAACCAUUUCACUUCUCUUUCACAAUGCCAUGACUUUGCUCAUAACCAGGCGUGUGUAGCUACAGCACGGAGACCAAGUUUUGUAAGGGAACUGUUUCAAAAGGAUUGGGAUUCAGGCCUUUUUAGUUCAUUUCUGAAGGUGCGGUAGCUUCCGUUUAUGUAUGACAUGUCGAGUAACUGUUACAACGCUGCAUUCCAUACUAUAAUCUGAGCAGGUUAUAUAGUUGUGAAGGAUAAGUGUACACGUUUAUGAAGUUGUCUUUGUGUAUUUUAAUUGCAUUUCAGUGGCUUUUUCUUUUUGCUUUUCACAAGAAGCACAACCUCCCCUCACAGAGAUACAGUCAAAUCAAAUCUCUACUCAUGGUCCCUGGCAUACUCAGAGUUUUAUCAUCAAACAUCAUGAAAACGCAGUUUGUCAUGCUAAUAUACAGUAAUAUAUGCAAUCAUUUAUUUUGCUAUGUAGGCCUAAUGUGUACUGUACAUAUACUGUUAAAGCUAUGACUUUUUUUUAGAAGAAAAAUAAGUAUUCCGAAACAACAUGCCUCUUAACAUGCUCUAAAUUACUAGGAUACUUAUUUACAGCUGUUUGCAUGCAGACAUUGUUAUUUGAGAGGAGAGAAAAAAAAAAUGGUUUUGGAUAAUCUCUUUCGGACUUGGAGUGAUGCGUGCAUAUUUAACACAUCUAUGUUUGUAAAUGUAUUGAAUAUCUAGAAACAAGAAAUGAGCCUGAAAACACGUCACACUUAGCGGUUAAUAGCGUUACGUAGGCAACAAGUGUCAGUGGUUUACUUGGUUUGCAUCGUCGGGCAACCAAACUGUGUUGUGACCAUCGCUUUGCUGUGACAGGACCAAUGUUGUACAAGUGCCCAAUUGGAGGAACAAUGUAAACUGAGUUUUAAGUCAUAUAAAUCUUCAUGAUUCUAGAAUGGGUGUUUUCCAUUCUGUUUUUCUGUUCCAAGGAUUCUUUCUAUGUCCCGCGAGAGAGUACACUGAGCACAAAACGGUAUGGUUAGGCCGUCCGUGACAGGCCAUACAUGCUGGCGCUUUGUACAAGUGUUGCCAUUUUGUUAAAUCUUUUGAUGUCUCCCCACACUUCAUGGUUUAACAUUUUUGUAUUUUGUAUAUAUCUUUUUUUUUUAUCAAUGUGUCUCAACAUGAGUGUCACUAUUAAUAGUGAUGCAGUCACUCUCACGCAGUUCAGUAACCGUGCAAUGUCUGUCUGAAGCUUUAUUGGCUUUUUAUAUCUAACACAACCUACCUAGCUCCUAUAGCGGUCUGGCUGUUAUUGUGUAUCGUGGUCUGUCAACUGGUGCAAGAACAAACAUAACAUAAAACAAACUAUCAAUAUUUCUGAGAAGAAAGUAUUAACCCAAAGCCCAUACAAUUUAGUCCUAAUAUUUUGGAAACACACCUUUUUUUAGGCAACAUAGUUACAACAUUAUGUAGAGUAUAUAGUAACCCAUGUAUUAACAAUUUGCUUCGUUUUCUUUACUGAUUUGUGAUUAAUACAUGCUGUCAUUAUGACCUGCCACUGGGUCAACAGAAGAGGUUUAUAAUUAUAAUUUCAGCCAAACAUGUGAAAAUUAGUGCGUGUGAACGUUUUUGUUUAGGUGUCCAGUGUGACUGAGUGAUGCUAGCCAUGCUUCAACUGUCUCUGGUCCAGGAUGUUAUGUGUGUCUUGCUAACACUAGACUCUGGUAGCUACCUGGACCAGAGCUAUGUUUCUACAUACAUUGAGACUAUAUCAACAAAUCAUCCACCACAAAGUGCUUUUCCCAAAAAGUUUUCCCUCAUGCGACAAAUCAUUGAAAGAGUUGCCAAAUGCAUGAAUGCCUUGAACGUAUUUGAUAUUUGGAAGGAAACGGUUGCUGGGGAAAUGGUUGCUAUAACUACAUCCUCUAAUGUGCAUGACAUUGGUAAUGAAUGGCAUAGGCCUGUACUGUAAAGAAAUUCCAUUAAUACUUUGCAAAUGACAACGUAAAAGUCAUACUGUACAUAUCCAUACAUAGAUUCAGGCAAUUUCCUAAUAGCUUCAUACGAUGUCAACUGCCUUUGUGAUAAAUAAUAACAUCCCUUUAUGUCAGAAACAGUGUAAAAUGUAUAUAUACUGUACUGUACAUUCUAUAGAUAAUCCUAACAUGUGCAUUAGUUGUCUCAUUCAGCCAGUCAUUUUUAGGGGAGUUUAAUUGGGGAUAAGGAUGUUAUUUUUUACAAAAUUACAGAAUUGUCCAUGGCUUUCCAAAAUUGUCCAUGGCUUUCCAAAAAUCCUCCAACUAACUUUACAUUUUUGAGAUAUUUCUGGAAUUUGUCAAAUGGGGAAAAGGUUAAAAAAAAAAUACAGAAAGACAUAACUAAACCAUAUAGAGAAUGAUAGAUAAAGCAACCCUGUUUAAUAUCUGUUAUGGUUCUGUAAGUGCUUGGGCAGCACUAUUGGUGCAAGUUCAUUAUCAUGGAUAGGCCCAGGGGUAUUAUGGAGGGUGGGGCACAUGCGCAGUCUGUGUUUCAGAAGUUAGUAAGCCAAUAUAGCUGCCUUGUCUCAGUGCUGUCUCUUGUGGCAGUGAGCUCAGUGAAGGCAGAAGGCUGGAGUGUGCGUUCCUUUCGGCGCAUAAGGAUUCCGAUGUAGUCCACCUGGUAGAGCAGCGUAAUAAAAGCGGGACAGCAUUGGAUGUGCAUUUUAACAAUGACUGUCCCAAGUCCAUCGGGCGUUGCUGCCCCUCCUGAGGAAAAAAAUAUAGAGGAAAGCAAUGAUGCAGAAAAUAAUUUGUCAGUUUAAUUCUUCAUGAUUGGCUGUUUCUAUUUAACCAGUUAAAUAGAGAAGUUGACCACACUGAAGAGGUGGAAGCCCUCUUGGGUUCUGCACAUGAUGAAACCGCCUUUUGGCCACCGGAUGCCUCUGUCAUUCUCUGUAAGGGAUCUUACCCAUUCAGUGUGUUCAACACCGGUCACUCCUUCCGUGACACACUUCGCCAUAAGACGAAGGUUGGGGUGUGAUGACAUCACCAUGGUGAACGAUGCGCCUGUGAUUGGGCUGUGUCCCACGUAGCGCUAUAGACCUGUUCAUUAUUGACUGCAUUUGAAGAUUCACAUGUGUUGGGAGGGAGGGGUGAAACUGGACUCUGAUUUGCUGGACUUGGAAGGAACAAUAAAAGUGUAGUUAACUAUUC